AUGCGAACCGAAGCAAUAUUACUAGCCCUAACUGGGUUAAUAUCAGUAGUCGUAACAAGCACACUGGUUGGAAAACAAACUGCAAGCUUGCUACAACCCACGGUAACGCUGGUAAAAAGUGACUCAUUGAACAUGAGUAAAACGGUACAGGAAACCUGUUUCCAGCGUUUGCAAAGCUAUUGCAGCUCAUCUAUUGCUGAUGCCGGUUGCUUUGCGUACAAACAAAUGAUGCAAGUUGCGAGUCGGUACAAAGUAAACGAGAUAGAGCACAUGAUCGAGCAGGAACUAUCGCACAGCCUGUCCGAUACUGAAGAUGAUGAUUUUUGCCGUGAUCUAUCGAAGACGGUGAAACGAUUGCCUGCGAAUCUGUUUUCUCGCUCAUUGGAGCCAUUCAAAAGAACUCCCACCUGCGUUGGGUUCUGCUAUACGAAAGACAGCGGAUUGGCCGAUGUGUGCAGAGCACUAUUUUCUGGAUAUAAACUGAUACUGCAAUCGGUUGGCAAAGGAGAGAACAAACCUCAACCUAUGGAAGCUCCAGCAGGCAAUAAACUCGAUAGCAUAACAAACCAAUCUAGUUUCGCCAAGAUAGUUCCAGCCAUGGAAGAAGUAAAAAAGCCUACUACAGAAGAAAUCAAAGAUAAGGCUCCGAUUCCAAUUAGCAACAAUACUGAAAAGUUUGUGAAAAAGGACAACACGGAUAAAAAUACUAAUUCUGCCGUAAUACUUGCUCCGUCAUCCAGUGACAUCAGCCAAGCAAACAAGCCCAAAUCAGAAGUAAAACCAGUUGCCGUUGGAGAACCUGAUUUGGAGGCAAAAAUCCUUGAAAAAGCACCAAAAGAAGCGGUACACAUUCCGGAGCAGUUGCCACAGGAUGCAGCUUUGCCGGACAAGAAUGAGGGCAAUAUGGAUCAACAGCAGGGUGAAAUAGAUGAUGCCGGAGGUGAUAUGGCUCCUUUUGAUGAAGAACCCAAGCAACCGGGGAAUCAGGAUGCUAAAAGUGCUACCCAACCGGGUUAUGAUAAUUCGGACGAAUCUGAUGGGAUCGCUUCGGCAGAGGACGUCAACGAAAAUGGAGACGAUCUGGAGCUGAACGGUUUCCAACCGGUUGGAAAGCAACCAGCGGUACCGGAAAAGGCAAAACAGGAUGAUUUUGCGGAAAGUUCGAAGGCAAGCGACAUCGUUUCUGGUAGCGACCCGUUCUACGAUCAAAAGGAUUCGAACUUUUUCUCCUAUUUCCUGUUUGCCAUGUUCAGUUGCGCCAUGCUUUACGUGGCAUAUCACAACAAAUCGAAGCUGUUGGCAUUGGUCGUUGAGGGUCGUCGCACGAGCAGCGGGCGAGGUGGGUUCAGUAAAGGCCGGAAGCAUACGGCUGCCUAUCGGAAGUUGGACUCCAACCUAGAGGAAGCGAUCACAUCAGGCAGCGGUACGAGUGGACACUCUUCGUCACAGAUUAUCUACUGA